AUGGCAACAAUCACCUCUCCUAGCCUUCCCUUUUGCCCUCCACCAAAGGACCAAAAAGGUGAAAACAAGGUAGAAUUUUUCGACUUCACGUCACUGGCAAAAGAAGGAAAAGUACCAAAAGAGUUCAUUUGGCCUACUGAGAAUUGGGUCAAAAGCAGUGGAGAAAACAUAGAACUACCACUCAUUGACAUAGGUCUUAUCAAGAGUGAUGAAUCAGCAAUGGCCAAAGCCGCAGAGAUGGUGAGAGAGGCAUGCAUUAAACACGGUGCCUUUGAAGUCACUAACAUUGGUGUGGACGUAGAUUUCAACGAUCUCGUUCUUCGAGAAACCGGCAACAUUUUCAAGCUUCCGUUGGACAAGAAAAUCAGUGCUAUAGCUAAGGAUUCUGGUUUCUCGGUUGCUCAUGCAGAGAGGUAUACCACUGUUUUGCCAUGGAAAGAGACGUUCACUUUCAUGUACAAUCACAACAGCAAAAAUGAGACACAGGUUAUUGAUGUUGUUGAUUCUCUCUUAGGUCAAGAUUUUCAACAAACUGGGUUGGUGUAUCAGAAAUACUGUGAUGCAAUGAAUGAGUUAACUAAGGUGCUUUUGGAGCUAUUGGCUAUUAGUUUGGAUGUGGAUCGUAAGCAUUACUCAAGCUUUUUUGAAGAUGCUGUGUCAAUGAUGAGAUGCAACUUUUAUCCACCUUGCAGUGCUAAUCUUAGUGGUGCACUUGGAAAUGGCCCUCAUUGUGAUCCAAUCUCUCUCACUCUUCUCCUUCAAGAUCAAGUUGGAGGGUUAGAAGUUUUUGCAGACAACAAAUGGCUCGCUGUUCCCCCAAAACCCAACACUUUUGUCAUCAACAUAGGUGACACUUUCAUGGCAUUGACGAAUGGAUUGUACAAGAGUUGUCUCCAUAGGGUUUUUGUUAGCAACAAGGUGGAGAGGAAGUCUUUGACUUUCUUUGUGAAUCCAAGAGGAGACAAAACUGUGAGUCCUCCUGAUGAGCUUUUGGGAAAAGAAGAGUCAAGAAAAUACCCUGAUUACACAUGGAAUGAACUAUAUCAGUUUACACAAAAGACUCGAAGAGUUGAUGCUCACACACUUGACAGUUUUGUUGCUUGGAGAAGCUCUUCGGAUGCAUCCAACUGA